GCAGCACCCCGCUCCAUGAAGCUGCCGAGAAUGGCCGGGUCCUUGCAGUUCGCCACUUGCUGGAGGCCAAAGCCAGCGUCAGCAAGACGAACUGCUUCGGCCGGACGGCUCUGAUCUCCGCGAGUGGCGGCUGUGAUGAAGAGGCAGUCCGACUCCUUGUCUGUGCGAAGUCGGAUGUGGACAUCAAGGACGUGAAGGGGCGCACGGCUCUGAUGGCGUGUCUUUGCAUCUCGGUAACCUUUCUGACUACCCCGCCUCCAAAGACGCAGCAGCAGAAGUGGUGA